GAGAGAGAUAUAGAAACAUCAAUGAUGAGAGAGAAUCAUGAAUCAGUUGCCUGUUGCACACCCCCUACUGAGGAUCAAGCCAAACACCCUGGCAUAUGCCUCACCUGGAAUUCAAGUGACCUUGUGGUUCAUGGGUUGAUUGAUGCUCAGGCCCUGAGCCACACCAGCCAGAACAGGAGACUAUUUAUACUCAGUCUAUCACCAUGGUGACAGUCAACAAUACGGAAUCCAAGAUCAAGUGACCUCUCCCUGGAAGCUGAAAGUGGACUCUCAAGCCCUUUUAUCCUGUCACCUACAACUCACUCAGAAGGGUGUCAGAGAAGAAGAAAAAACAUAAAGGCACCCCAAACUCAGCAACUUCAUUAUAUCCCCACUCCUGAACCCUUAAAACGGUGUCAAGUCAAGGAGACCUGGGGUGAAUCCUUACCAUGCAGUUUUCAAAUGCAGUAAGUCCACAGUCAGUGUAUACUCCAAGCUGGAAGGUCGAGAGCAAGUAUUCAACCAGAGUGCUCACCGGAAACUGGGUGGAAGAGAGGAGGAAGUUCAUCAGAACCACUGAGAAGACACCCCAGAGCUCCUACAGUCAAGAGUACAUUCCUUUCCCCGGCCACACACCCGACCAGAUCUCCAGGUGGUAUGGGAAGAGGAGAAUCGAGGGACUCCCGUACAAACACCUGAUCACCCACCACCAGGAGCCCUCGCACUACCACCUGAUCAGCACGUACGACGACCAUUACAACCGGCACAAUUAUAACCCGGGCCUGCCCGUGCACCGCACCUGGAACAGACACAAGUUGCUGUGGCUCCCGGAGAAAAACGACUGCCCCCUCCUGGCUCCCCCUACAAACUACGGACUCUACGAGUGGCUGAGGCAGAGAUGGCUCGCCCCCGAGGCCGGCCUGCGGAAGAGCACGUACACUCUGUCCUACCCCAGGCCGCUGCUGUGCGCCCUGUCCCGGCGGGAGCAUGCCAUCCCGGUCCCUCCGAAGCGCCUGCAGCCCGUCCCCCGCUUCUGAGAACCGUCCCCCCACCCACAGCGCACACCGAACCCACUGGAGACCUCCUGUGCGAGUGGACCUGCCGGAGGGCAGGCGGCUGCAGAUUCACCCCGAGUUUUAAAUGCAGCCCAUUGAGGGGCCCUCGGAGUCAUGGCCUGUGCUGUGGGGUCCCCCACGUCCUCCACACCCCCCCGCAGGUCCCUUCCUUGUCCAACCCACAAUUAAAG